AUGCGCGCCCCGGAGCUCCCGCUGGUGCUGCUGGCGCUGCUGCUAGGCCAGGCGCCCCGGGGGCCCGCCGCCCCAGUGCCCGGUCCCGGGGGCCCCGCCUUGACCAAGAUGUACCCGCGCGGCAACCACUGGGCGGUGGGACACUUAAUGGGGAAGAAGAGCACAGGUGAGCUUCCAGAUAUUUCUGAGUGGGGAAUUCCAAAGGAGCAGCAAGAAAUUUGGGAGUACCUGGCGUGGGAAGCAUCAGCAAGAAAUUUGCUAAGCUUCUUGAAAGCCCAGGAGACCAGAGGUCAUCAUCGGUCACCUCAGCCAGAGCCUCUGAGCAGCCACCAGGCUACUCCCUGGGAUGUGGAGGAGCAAGGCAGCUUUCAGGGGGUAAGUGAGCAACCUAAAGGGAGGAUGCAUGUUCUGGGAAGGGGGUGA